GAAUUUCUAUUAUUCUCUCUUUUCCUUAGUUUGCGUCUAUCCGUCCGUCCUCUCAUAACGAUGUUGAAUUUUUCCUCUUGAAAUGUUCAAAUCGCCCCAAUGAAGGGCAUGUAUACGCCUUUCGUACUGCUGCUUUUCGCGGUUACAGGAUGCUUGGGGAACCAGAAGAUCGGAUCGGCCAGUGGGCACGGCCUGGCCAGACGCGGCCUCGACAAUCCUGGGCCUGACAACUUUGCCUGGCAUAGAUAUCCCACAGUUGUGGCACUUGGCGACUACGUCUAUAUAGAUGGCGGCGAAAUAUCUCAGAAGAGCAAUGGGACCGACAUAACGACAAAUGGCACUCAAUCCUACGCUUCAUAUUCCGUGACUUCAACACUUUCGUUAAGCUUAAAGGACUCAUGGACAAACAGAACAGUUCAGCUUCAAUCGAUCCCCAAACAGGCACCAUCACUCGAUCAGCAAAUUUACUGGUCCGACCCCUCUAAUGGCGCGGGUGCAUUCUACACCUGGGGCGGCAUGGCAGCGGGGUCCGCAACGCCACCGACGAAUGAACAAUGGCUCUUCAACGCGGAUGGAUCGGGAGGUGGGAUGUGGUCGCAGGUAUCACAAAGCGAUUACCGCCAAUUCGCAGCACUUAAGCAACCCGUCGGUUCAGCAUUCACCCAAGGAAAUCAAAUAGGUUACGCGCUCGGCGGCCAGGCUACUUCCAAAACCGACAAUACGAUCCAGAAGGCCGAUCCAGGAUACGCUUUACCAGGUCUCGUGUCGUACAACUUUCAGACUGGCGAUUGGAAUAAUGUCACCACUACAACUGACUUCGGAGGGUAUGGAACAAGCUUGAACGGUCGUGCGGAAUUCGUACCAUUCGGACCUAAUGGAUUAUUGGUAUUUCUUGGUGGCUCUGAAUCGCAGGUUGAUGCUACGGAUAGUAGUAUUGUGCCGACUAAUUGGAAUUCUAUCACACUGCAUGACCCGGUGACGGGGAAGUGGUACAAACAAAAGACGAGCGGAAUGCGACCGGUAUUACUCGAACGAUUUUGCAGUGUUGGCGUUCAGGGACCUAACAACACAUACGAAAUAUAUAUCUAUGGUGGCAACUCGGAUCAGAUUGAGGGCACAUCACCUGAUGUGCAUGUGUUGUCUCUACCCGGAUUUAUCUUCUUCGAUGCAGGAUCUCUAGGUACGCCGCGUGCCGACCAUGCUUGUGCGGUAGUCGGCAAGGGCAAGAGGCAAAUGUUGAGUUAUGGGGGUGUAAACGGCGGGCCUGGACUUCGUAACCCCACGACGACAGCCGAUCCGUGGAAACAGGGACUUGGUAUAUACGACAUGAGCGAGAUGAAAUGGACAGAUUCGUACGACCCGGAUGCAGCAGAUUAUGAGAGUCCGGCUAAGGUGAAGGAUUGGUACGACCAAGGAAAUUUGAAUAACGUUAAGUGGGAUAGUCCGGAGCUGAAGGGAUUAAUUAUUAAUGGUUCUAUAUACGGCACGAGUGGCGACUCUCCUCCGGCGAAUAACUCGUCGGGUGGUUCCGGUACCUCGGCUCGAAAAAUCGGUGCCAUUGUUGGUGGUACUGUGGGAGGAGUAGUAGUGGUUGCGAUAGCCAUUACUACCAUGUUCCUAUUAAGGCGAAGACGCCAACGACGAGAAAGCCAAAGCACGAUAGUCGAAACAUUAAACGAGUACAGGCCGGAACCUUGGCCUAAGGAUUCGCCUAGAAUGCGGUCGACCACGCCGGGGACUUUGAUAUCCUCGCCAACACCAGUGGAACCGGUAGAAAUAUGUGGGAUAUCAAGAGGGGAAUUACCGGCCGGCGAGGUCGAGUUAGCAUAUGAGCUUCCGGCUUCCCCAGCACGGACGCCACGGAUAAGGCCUGAACUUCCGGAUCGGACAUAUACAAGUUAAUAUAUAUAAUCUUUUGUAAAGCGAAGAGAAAUCCGCAUGAUUAAUGACUUUUUAUAAUUGUCAGUUUUAGCGUUGUGAUUUGGUGACACCGUGAGACAAAGCGUACCGAAACCAUUUAUGAUAUCCCCUUACAUCAUUCAUUCGUAAAACCCAC